AAAGAAAAUGCGAAUAUCCGACCCGUAAAAAAUGCGGAUAUCCGGUGGGGCUUAGUACGUAGGUUCUCCAUAUGAUCUUCUCUCUCUAUGAGGUUUCUUUCAUUCUUCGAUUGCUUCUUCUUCCUCAAAUAGCUUCCUGCUUUUCCCGUUUUCGAUUAUGCUACUAAGCAAUUCCCAGAUGGUUGUUCCGGGAAACCAAUCGGUUCUUUUGCCGAUAAAUUUCACGGCGAGCCCGAGAAGUCCGUUGGAUAUGAAAAUUUUGUUGCCUGGAAGCUCGAAGAGGUACGAUAACGGUGGGAUUGGGUUAGGUAUCGUCGCUGGGCUUGAGAAACCCGGAACCAGGAUCAAUCGGCACCAGAUUUCGUCUAAACAAAACCCGGUUUACUAUUCGGGAUCCGGUACGAAUAGAUCCAACCCGGUUCACUGUACCCGGAGGAGAUUCCAAUACCCGGCGGAGGUUUAUCUCUCCGAGGAAUACACUUGCGUCAAGAGUCGCGAUGGCCCGAACAAAAUCUACUUCAACGACGACGAAUUUGAAUUGUGUAAGAACAAAUCGGACGGUGAUCGGAGAUGGGAUAAGUCGAUGGAUAUCACCGAGGAAAUACCGGCGAAGAAGUGGGAAGGAGGAUUAGAUUUUCUGAUUUUGUGUUGCUUGUGUAAGAAGAAACUUCAGGGCAAAGACAUUUACAUGUACAAAGGAGAUGAAGGGUUUUGUAGUAAAGAGUGUAGAUCAGUGAAAAUAAUGGAGGAUAACCUAAAGGUGCAACAUAAAUCAUCGACAAGUGCUGAGGUUUUUAGCUCUUCGUACGCCGGAGGACAAAUUCCUUCCGCCGGAAUAUUCGUGAUAUAAGAAAUUUUACCAUUGUAGAGUUGAGAUCGGUUUGGUUGAUUCCCAUGCACCGGAAAAUAUUCUUAUAAAUCUAAUUAGGCUUAUGAAUUUUUCUAUAACUAGACAAAAAUACAAGAAACAUUUACGAAUUUAAAUACUUUCAAAAUUUUGUUUACGUAUUAAAGCACUUAUGGGUACUAAGGCAUUUUGCCUUACUUUUUGGUAUAUAAGAUGUCUAUUAUAUCCUUUUAAAUUUGUAAUAAAAUUAAGUAAAAAUUUAGACCACG